UUAUUGUGAGGGGGAGACAAUGAGCAAACUCUCCUUCCGAGCCCGGGCGCUAGACGCCGCCAAACCGCUGCCCAUCUACCGCGGCAAGGACAUGCCCGACCUCAACGACUGCGUCUCCAUCAACCGGGCUGUGCCGCAGAUGCCCACGGGGAUGGAGAAGGAGGAGGAAUCGGAACAUCAUUUGCAACGGGCUAUCUCAGCACAACAAGUUUUCAGAGAAAAGAAAGAGAGCAUGGUUAUCCCAGUUCCUGAAGCAGAGAGCAAUGUCAACUAUUACAAUCGUUUGUAUAAAGGAGAGUUUAAGCAACCAAAGCAGUUCAUUCACAUUCAGCCCUUUAAUCUGGACAAUGAACAGCCAGAUUACGAUAUGGACUCUGAGGAUGAAACCUUACUGAACAGACUAAAUCGGAAGAUGGAAAUCAAGCCACUGCAGUUUGAAAUAAUGAUCGACAGACUUGAAAAAGCCAGUUCUAGUCAGCUUGUAACACUUCAGGAAGCUAAAUUGCUGCUAAAUGAGGAUGACUACCUUAUUAAGGCUGUAUAUGACUACUGGGUAAGAAAGCGUAAGAAUUGCAGAGGACCAUCUCUCAUCCCUCAAAUCAAACAAGAAAAGAGGGAUGGCUCCACCAACAACGACCCUUACGUUGCCUUUCGGAGGAGAACUGAGAAGAUGCAGACAAGAAAGAAUCGAAAGAAUGAUGAAGCAUCUUAUGAGAAGAUGUUGAAAUUGAGAAGAGAGUUUAGCAGAGCCAUAACAAUUCUGGAGAUGAUUAAGAGAAGAGAAAAAACAAAACGCGAGCUAUUGCAUUUAACAUUAGAAGUUGUAGAGAAAAGGUACCAUUUAGGUGAUUAUGGAGGUGAAAUCCUCAAUGAAGUGAAGCUUAACAGACCUGAAAAAGAGAUGAGCACAACUCCAUCCGCUCUUCAUAAUGGAAAUCAUCACAAAGUUCAAGAAUGUAAAAUUAAGCAUCCUCAUCAUUCAUCUCUAAAGGAGGAGGUAUCAGAUGUUGUCCGUCAAAAGAAGAAGUAUCUAAAGAAACCUAAAAUAGAGUGUGUGGUAACUCCUCAACAGCCCUCUGCUGAGCCCUUGCCUGUUAUCAACAAGAGUGAUAUUAAACAGUAUGACUUCCACAGUUCAGACGAAGAUGAGUUCCCGCAGGUACCCUCACCAAUAUCAGAAGCAGAAGAGGAAAAUGAUCCUGAUGGACCUUGUGCUUUCAGGAGAAGAGCAGGAUGCCAGUAUUAUGCUCCUCGUUUGGACCAAAUUAAUUCUUCAUGUGAAAAUUCAGAAUUGGCAGAAUUGGACAAACUGAGGUUCAGGCAUUGCCUUACAACCCUUACAAUUCCAAGAAGAUGUAUAGGAUUUGCGAGAAGACGAGUUGGCAGGGGUGGAAGGGUUAUAAUGGACCGAAUAUCUACAGAACAUGAUCCUGUCUUGAGGCAAAUUGACCCGGAAAUGCUGAACAGUUUUUCAAGCUCUUCCCAGACUUUAGACUUUUCUUCUAAUUUUUCACGGACCAAUGCUUCCAAUAAACGUUGUGAAAACAGACUGUCCCUUUCUGAAAUACUAAGCAAUAUCAGAUCAUGUCGACUGCAGUGUUUUCAGCCAAGGCUACUAAAUCUCCAGGACAGUGAUAGUGAAGAAUGUACCUCAAGGAAACCAGGGCAGACUGUGAAUAACAAAAGAGUUUCUGCAGCAUCUGUAGCUUUAUUGAACACCAGCAAGAAUGGCAUAUCAGUAACAGGGGGUAUCACAGAAGAACAGUUUCAGACACAUCAACAGCAGUUAGUUCAAAUGCAGAGGCAACAACUUGCUCAGCUUCAACAGAAACAGCAAUCUCAGCAUUCCUCGCAACAGACACAUCCGAAAGCACAGGGCUCCAGCACCUCUGACUGUAUGUCAAAAACACUUGAUUCAGCCAGUGCCCACUUUGCUGCAUCUGCAGUGGUUAGUGCACCUGCUCCGAGUCGCAGUGAGGUAACGAAGGAACAAAACACCAGCCACAACAAUAUUAAUGGUGUUGUCCAGCCUUCAGGAACCUCUAGAACGUUGUACUCCACCAACAUGGCUUUAUCAUCCAGCCCAGGGAUUUCAACUGUACAGCUUGUAAGGACAGUUGGCCACACCACCACAAACCACUUAAUUCCAGCAUUGUGCACAAGCAGCCCUCAAACGCUUCCCAUGAACAAUUCUUGCCUGACUAACGCAGUGCACCUCAACAAUGUCAGUGUUGUUUCUCCAGUCAAUGUGCAUAUCAAUACAAGGACUUCAGCACCAUCGCCAACAGCCUUAAAACUUGCCACAGUUGCUGCCAGUAUGGACAGAGUGCCAAAGGUAACUCCUAGCAGUGCCAUCAGCAGUAUAGCAAGAGAGAACCAUGAACCAGAACGACUGGGUUUAAAUGGCAUAGCAGAGACAACAGUAGCAAUGGAAGUGACAUAACCCCAAACCAGUGUCUCGACCUGUGCUAAUGGUGUAGUCAUUUAUAUUCCAACUGAAUGCAAAAUACAGCACUCUGUGGAUCACAGAGAACUAAAAUGGACCUAAAUGGACUAUCGUUAUAUCGUGUAUUAAGUCGAUAUAUAAUGUAAAUUUUGUAAAAUUGGGAAAAUCACUACCUUGUAAAAUAGUUUAUUUGUAUCAUCAAUAUUAUUUCUGUUACUUGAAUAGUAGAUAUUCAUCAUCAUGCUUUUGCACUUGAAUUUGCAACUGAAUGGAUUAAAAAAAUAAUUCUUUAAUGGGAUCAUGAGCAUGAAAUGGGAUCCUGCAUCACUUGUUUUAACUAUUUAUUUUGCCAUGUUUACAUUUUGUAUCUUGUACAAAUAAAUCCAACUUUGUGUCUAAAAAAAAAAGUUAAAGAUUCAUAGCUAGGAGACAAAAUUCUUGUAAUUUUUUUCUAAAGGAAAUGUAAAGUUUUCACUUGGUUCAUUUUGUUUCACAAUUUGACUAGAUGGACUUUUUGGUAAAUACUUUAGUGGCAUUUCACUGUCAAAUAUGAAGUUCAAGGCAAAAUAGUAUUUUCUAUUACUGUGCAGGGGAAAGGGAUGGAUCGAUACAUGCAAAUUUAAUGUAGUAACUCACUUUUCCAUAUAUUUUGAAUGUAUAUUUCUAUUUAUAAUACCAGUUUAU